CUCCUCACCAUCCUGCCACUAGCCUUUUGCCCAUACUCCUAUAAAGUCCAAAAGGGUCCCUGUUAAAUUUUAGUGCCUUAUUUGGAAUCCAUUUCUUUGCAUCUCCCUUCUUAUUGCAAACAUAUCAUAUACCCUAAGAAACGCAAACAUCUCUUACAAUGGCUACCAUUCACGUCAAGAACAUUGCUGCGUCCACCAGUGACGAUGAGGUCAAGGACUUCUUUAGCUUCUGUGGCAAGAUUGCCGACAUCAAGCUCACCACUGAGGGCGAGACCAAGAGCGCCGACGUUACCUUUGAGAAGGAGACUGCCAUGAAGACUGCUCUGUUGCUCAACAACACUCAGCUUGGCCCCAACCACAUCGCCGUCUCCAGCCCCCAUGCCGACAAGGAGGUUGCCAGCAGUGGUACCCCCAACCCUGAGCGCGAGUCGGACGACAUUACACAAGAAGAGAAGCCCCGUACCCGUAUCCUGGCUGAGUACCUCGCUCACGGCUACGUUGUUGGCGAUGCCGCCAUCGAGCAUGCCAUCGAGCUCGACACCAAGCACAAUGUCUCUACCCGCUUCCUGAGCACCAUCCAGAACUUGGACCAGAAGUACCACGCUACCGACCGUGCUCGCGCCACUGACGAGAGCUACGGCCUCACCAACCGCGCCAACCACUUCUUCACUGGCCUCAACUCGUACUUUGAGAAGGCUAGCACCACCAACACUGGCCGUAAGAUUGUCAAGUUCUACACUGAGGGCUCUCGCCAGGUCCAGGACAUUCACGCCGAGGCCCGCAGACUGGCCGAUAUCAAGAAGGAGGAGCACGGCGGCAGUGCUUACAAGGCCGCCGGUCUGCAAAGAAUCUUUGGCGAGAAGCCCAAGCCCGAGGCUGGUGCUGCCCCUGCCGCUGCUCCUGCUGCGGGUGAUGCUACUGCUGCCGCACCUGCGCCUUCUGCUCCUGCUGCUGCUCCCGCUGCUGCUGCCCCUACCGACAGCAAGACGGGCUAAGCGGUGCUAUGAAGGACAACCAGACUGACAAGCGGGGUAGCGUGUUGAUGCUGUUGGUCGUGUGAGUUUGUGUGUGUUUUUUUCUUGCUACGAGGCUACGACUAUUGAGACCACUACCCUAAUAAAGGUGGAAAAAAGAUAACCAUAUGUUAAUAUUGAGUUUUCCAAUCUGCUGUCUAUUGUACCUUUGAAUGUGAAAGUUUGCGCAGCCAGUGACGUCCAUGACAUCGUUGGUUAAUCUCCGUUAAAGUUAUUGUUCAGUGGUCCGCUGCAGUGCUA